CACCGGGUGGCCAGUGAGUACCCGCCAUUCAUGCGAGUCGAUCCCGCCGCGUUUCCGUGUGUCGAGUCUGGUGCGUCGAGUCGGCGAGAGCUGGCGAGAGCCUAACGAGGAGAGGAGAGAGAAAGACAUGGUGUCGGUGAUGUAUUUUCGCGCCCUUGGGAAGACAUGAAACAAGCGGAUUAGCACUCGCCACGCGUAGUCGCGUUCGCACGGCCGUGGAGUGACGAUGAGUCUCGGCCACGUUCGCCCCACGUAGAAGCGAAGGAGAAAGGGAAAGAGGCAUCGACAGGAAUCCACGCCGAAAAAUGUUGGUUAAAUAAUCUGACGCACGAGGGAAUUGCCAGGUGACACAGCAAACUCUCGACGAUUACUAUGGGGGCAUUUUUGGAUACACCGAAGACCGACAAGUACAACGAACAUGGUUCUGGUAACGGAUUGCGGUACGGGGUGGCUAGCAUGCAAGGAUGGAGGAUGGAGAUGGAGGAUGCUCAUAGAGCGAUAACAGGGUUGGAAGGUGGACUGUCGGAUUGGAGUUACUUCGCUGUCUUCGAUGGUCACGCCGGAGCGAGAGUGUCGGCACAUAGCGCCGAACACCUGCUCGAGUCUAUUAUGCAGACUAAAGAGUUUAAGGCAGAGGAUGUGAUAAAUGGAAUCCAUUACGGGUUUUUAAGGCUGGAUGAUGAGAUGAGAGACCUGCCCGAAAUGAGCGCUGGCACGGACAAGUCCGGUUCUACCGCGGUUUGUGCGUUCAUAUCUCCUAAACAGAUUUACAUUGCGAACUGCGGCGACUCCCGGGCUGUCCUGUGUCGUUCCGGAAACCCGAUCUUUUCGACCAGAGAUCAUAAACCGAUCUUGCCUGCUGAAAAGGAAAGGAUUCAAAAUGCAGGGGGUAGUGUGAUGAUUCAACGGGUGAACGGGUCGUUGGCUGUUUCACGAGCGCUAGGAGAUUAUGAGUACAAAAACGUCGAAGGCCGAGGGCCCUGCGAACAACUGGUCUCUCCAGAACCGGAAAUAUUCUUACGGGACAGAGAUGACGAACACGAUGAGUUCUUAGUUUUGGCAUGCGACGGGAUUUGGGACGUUAUGACCAACGAAGAUCUCUGUCAUUUUAUACAUUCGAGGCUGUUGCUGACCGACGACUUAGAAGUGGUUACCAACCAAGUUAUAGAUACUUGUUUAUAUAAGGGAAGCAGAGAUAAUAUGAGCAUCGUAUUGGUUACAUUUCCCGGAGCUCCAAAACCGAGUCCAGAGGCCCAGAAGAAGGAAGCCGAAUUAGAAAUGGCAAUCGAGAGGAGGAUUAAAGAAAUUGUAGCGCAGCAAGAGAACAAAGACAGCUUCGACUUUCUGCAACUGCUUCAGCUUCUUAUGGAUCAGGAGUUGCCCAAUUUGCCACCUGGAGGUGGUCUUUCAGCUAAGCAACCAUUCAUCGAGAAGGUGUUUCGGGACGUUUGUCCCAGCGCAGCGGACAGCGUAAGUCUUGGAUACGAUUUCCCUUCGAUUUAACUAACCCCCUGGUCUCGUUCUAAAAGUCACAGAAAAUGUGCAACUAUACCUAGUACGUGUGUCCCGCUUUUACACAUCGAUACAGGAUUUAAUCACUGAACGAUUUAAUUUGCUCCUUGAUAUUCCUAUCUUAUGUACCUUCUGUCUAAAUCAGAAACAACAGAGCGCCAUUGCAACCAGGCCAGUGAACGUAGAAUGACUUUUCCCGACAGAGAAAACUAAUGUAAAGGGAGAGAAAAUUCUAUCGAGGAGUAGAGACAUUGAUGCAAUAAUGGAGUGGCAGAAUAGAUGUAAACAAAAAUUGUACAGUACCGAUACAUUCAUGCGUUGUUUUACAGAAAAAAAUUUAAUUAUUUAUCGCUGUUGUUGCUUGUAGAACGUCCCAGGCGUAAUAAUUACAGUCCGCAAGGAUUUAACGUCGAAAUGCAAAUUAACAUCCUAUUGGCCAAUUAGACACUAACGAAACGCACGCCAAAUCUAAUUAGCAGUAAUGAAGAAAGCACACAGACAUGCAUUUAUUAUAUUACACAACGUAACCGAAGACUUAAUUCAAAUGCGAAACAUCGUGGUAUUUAGAAAUGGCAUUUGCACUUGAGAGCCAUUGUACUUUUCUGGUCCUCCCCUUUUUUUUAUAUAUAUAUGUGUGUAUGAAAAUUCAUCGUAUUACAUUAUUCGGUACGAGGCCGCAGGAGCAUUCUAAGUUUAUUAUUCUUUCACCGUAGUCAGACGCAGUAACGAUUGCAAAAUGUUAUUAACAACAGUGGUGAUUAAAUUCGAACGGAAAUAAUAAUUCUCAGUCCGACGCGAUUGGACGCGAAUAGAUGGAAAACCAGGCCAGUUCCCUCGAGAAGAUUUUAUUGUGCGUAAAUAAAAGAGAAAAAAAAGGCAUGCAAGUAACAGAGAUAGAGCAAACGGAAUUGAGGCAAGAUUUUCGAUAGAUCAAUUUUGGCGAGUCAUAAAAAGCGGUCCAAGACGGUUAACAGAAAAAGAGAUCCUACACGCAGUAACAAAUAACGUGUUCUCACAGAUUUUAUCGGUUACCACCAUCUAUUGUUGGAUUUUGUACAUUUUCCCCACGUCCGAAAAAUGGAAGGAAAAGAAAAAUUAUAUUAAGGUUGUUUGCGCAGGGGUUCAGAGAUAUUGUACUAAGGGUUGCAAACGAGGCCGUACUCUAAUGAAAAUCUAGAUGACGCGAAAGUGUAGUUUUAACUACUUUCAUUGUCACGUGCAAAACCCAUAUUAAUAAUGUUAAUUCCUUCCCCAAAUUUAUCUGAGAUAUUUUUUUAUCGUAUUAGAGUUUAUUGUUCUCGAUAGUUUAAUUCGUUGAUACGAUCGACAGGGUCGGAAGCGGAAUUAGAGACGAAUGCGUAUUCGUAGUGUUGUUAAAAUCUUUAUCGCAAGAGGAACUAGGGAAAUAGGGUAUAUAGUUUGACCGUAUGUUUUCUCUUCUCUCUAAAUUAAAUUCGUUUACCGCGUAUAUAAUCAAUGCGUGUGAUCUAGAUGUUCAUUCAAAAUGGACGGUACAGUAGAAUAUUUCUACGGUAAGCCCCUGCCGUGUUGACAAAAAGAUGCGUAACAUUACAUUAUAAUAAUUACAUACAUAUAUUUUUGUAGUUCUAGGGGACUCAUGUCCAGAAUAUUUACUCGUAUGUCUGGUCAAUUUCUCCCUCUCUCCGUCGGACAAUUGUUAGUAGGGAGACUUGCAAGGCUUUUUCGUUCUCAGGCGUUUAAUAAUAAUAAGAAAAAAAAAAGAAACAAAGGAAGAAGAAGCAUAAGGAAAACGAAAACAACCGAAAGUCGUUUGCGCGUGUAGAGUCGGAAAAACUGACCACUUUAAUAUUAGGAUUUGCAGUUCUGUAUAUAAAUAUAGAUACUGUAUCCACGGAUGUUUGUACGGAUAUUUCGUUUAUCGUAGUUUUGAGGACGAUUCGAUUAGAGGCGUAGCAUCAACGGAGGCCUUGAUUUUAGUUUCGCGUAACGCGUUGGAUUUCCUUUCCUCCUUGUUUUUUUCUUUAGGGUUUCUCCGCUUUUUCGCGCAAGACAUCGUUCCCAGUCGAAUCAUCUUCAACUCCUCGAAACCUGGAAGGAGGUGCGAAAUUGCCCUCGAAAUAAUUCGUAAACGGGCAAAAUUUAAAAAAAAAAAAGAAGAAAAGAAAAGCAUAAGAACAGUCGAGCUCCGCGUGUACUCGUGUUAAUUAAUUCCGAUCCAUGGACAAUAAACGGUUGCUGCUCAGAGCUUUGACGUUCCCUCGUUAUGCCGUGCUUGUUGACGAUGCAGAAACUACUUGUCAAGGCCAUCCUACAAUCCUAACGUGUAGUACACACAAACAUACACAAUUGGAUGUAUACAUAUAUAUAUAUAUAUAUACACCAAAGUACAUUUAUCGUUCCCUGGUUGUAAAAUAACGUGAUGGUAGUAAAAGGGGUAUUACAGAAGUUCGCUAUAAUUCGGGAAAAAGAGCGAGGCAGUCUCCUAGUGUCGCGUUGGAAUGCCUUCGUAAACGUUACAUUGUUUUUUUUUUAUUUUGUUGUUAUUUCCUUUUUCUUUGCUUCAACUUUUGGAACGAAUUUAUUAUCGCUGCUCGCCGAAGAGAUUAAUCGUUUAAUUAAUUUGACGAAUCUUAGAGUCAUUCCCGAAUUAUAGCAGCGCAUAAGUGCCGUUUCGGAGCAACGGCCAAGUGACGGGGAAGGACUUCGACGAAUGUGAAAAUCGGUAACCGUGCGGUGGUUGUUGCCGAUGGUGAAUGAAAUAUAAAAAUGAUAAACAGAAGAUACGUCCUCGCCAAUCGGUCAAACUAUCCGUCGGGGAUUUAUAUCCCGAUUUCGAGAUGUCGGAUAAAAUGAUACCGCCCUGGUAUCUUUCACCCCGAGUCCUGCACCCUCGUUCUGUACAUAGAAUUUUACUUGGCCAACGUGAGGACGUAUUUUAAUAUAUGUGUAUUAUAUAUCCUGGAGGUAAUUCCUCGUCACUUGGGUGAGUGAUCCUUAGCUUUCCGCGACGUCGUCUUGUUGCCCCUCGAAGGCACAGGUCUUUUACUCCCUUCCUCGCAACUUAAAAAAAAAAAAAAAAAAA